ACUAGUUAAUCUCAUGUGCGCGAGGUCGAAUCUUUUUCGCUUUGUGCGUUAUAAUUUUUACAAUAUUUUAGCCUGCGGCUAGUUUUUUUUACUACGACUUGAAUAAGAAAUGACCGCUGAAAACGAACGCGAAAUAUAUCACAAGUUAGAAGCCAUGAAGGAGAUUAGGAAUAAGACGAUCACCCUGGAGCGCAUAAAGCGGAGCAUCCUCACCGAGGUGCGGUCAGGGGACGCCGAGGGCCGCUGCCUGGCGCAGUACAAGCGCGAGAUGGAGCUGCUACAGCAGGAAAAGAUGAGCCACGUGGAGGAGCUACGACAGAUCCAUGCCGACAUUAAUGCCAUGGAAACAGUAAUAAAACAGACAGAAGAGUCAAUGUCCCGGAAGUUGUCAGCGGCGUCCCGACUCCACGAGGACUAUCGGCCGUUGAAAGCGGAAGUGGAUCUCCUACGGCGGCAGUGCCUAGGCCUGGAGCGACUUCCGGAGUUACAUGAAGAGGAGGGUAGCCCCGUCACACCAGACCGCUUCCCCGCGCUGUCCGCGUCCGCGCCGCGGCCGGUGCCGUUCCUGGCGCCGGCGCCGGUGCGCAAGCCGCCGCCGCCGCCGCCCGCGUUCAGGUCUGCUCUCGACCAAGAUUUCCUUACCGUCUCGCUGAGGCAACAGCCCCCGCCGAUGAAGUCCUGCCUGUCUUGCCACCAGCAGAUCCACCGCAACGCGCCCAUCUGCCCGCUCUGCAAGGCCAAAUCCCGCUCGCGUAACCCCAAGAAACCUAAGAAGAAAUAGUCUAACUAUACAUGUCGUUAGUAUUGACGGAUUUUGUUUAUUA